AAUCACACGUGAUUAAUGGCCGGAACCUUCAUAGCAACAAUAACAACUAAUCGAUAGAUCUUGAAAAUUCGUGCUGAAAUCAUGAGUUCAAAUGGUGAUUCAGAUAAUGAAGGACCGACUGUUGAUUCUGAAAAUCCGGAAGAGAGAGUUGCAGCCAGAAGAUUGCGAAUCACACGUAGAAUAGAAGCUGCUAAGAGGGCUGAAAGAGGAGAAGAUUUAGACGAUGCAAAAGAAGCAAAAGAAGAACUAAGUAAGAGCAGAAAACAGAUAGAAGCAAGUCGACUUCGUUUAACUAAGUUAAUUGAGGAUGGUGUUGAACUGGUCACUAAUAUACGUGUUGGUUGUGAUGCAAGGGAGGCAGCCAGGCGAACAGAUGAAGAGGUUAAAAAACAGGACAGAAAUGGUAAACUUAAGCAUGAAGGGAAGACAAUGGCUGAAAAGUUUGAAAAUAUUACAAAGAAAUGGGAAUCAGCACUACAAAAAGAAAUUCCACAAUCAUUAAGAGCUGAAUUAAAGCAGCAGAAAGAUUCCUGUGACCAGUUGGUAUCAGACAAAAAUAAAAUCAUCAAUGAUUACCAGAAGGUCCUUAAAGAAAAAGAUGAUUCCCAUGUGAAAGAUCUGAAGAAACAAGCAGAAGAUAUAGAACUGAUGACAGCUAGAAUGGAUGAACAAAUAGCCUCACUGACUAAGGCUUAUAAGGAAGAAUUGAGAGAAAUUGAGAAUGCAUUUACAGCAGAAAGAAAUGAAUUGUUGGAACUUCAGAAAAAGAAGUGGGAAGACAAGAUGGAAGGAAGGAGACAGAAGGAAAUAGAAUACAUGAAAGGUCGUGAAAAGCGUGUUGAGGAUUUUGAAAAUUCAAUUCAUGAAACCAGAAUUAAAGAUUCCGAAGAAUAUAAUGAUAUUAAAAUUAGCCUGGAGACAAAUAUUCAGAUACUUGAACAACAGUUACAACAGAUGAAAGCAACAUACCAACUCAAUCAAGAAAAACUAGAGUAUAAUUACCAAGUCUUAAGAAAACGUGAAGAUGAAAAUAAUAUAACAAGAUCACAACAAAAGAGAAAGAUCACAAGACUCUCUGAUGUGUUGAGUGGACUGAAGAUAAAACUAGCAAAACAGGAAAAACAGUACAAAGAUGAGAAUACACAGCUGAGUGAUGACUAUAAAAGAAUUACAGAACAGUUCAGAGAUUUACAAAGGAAAUCAAGACACUUCAUGCAAGCUGAUGCAAAGAAAUUUCACGACGUAUGGUGUAUGAAUGAGGAGGAAUGUAAAGAGUUAGCCCAUGGUGUGUUGGAAGCUGACAGAAUUGUAUUUGAGCAUCAACUAGGACUGAAAUACCAAACUCCUGAUGUAGCAUUCUUAGAAAAUGUAGGACCCCUCAACAUUGAUGAAAGUAAAAAGAGUGGUGUGUCAGCUCACCAGAUUGUUCAGGAAGUCAUGUCUCAAACAGCUGGAAGUCAGGUUGAAGAACCAAAAGAAGACGACGAUGCUGAUAGUAUACCAGCAGACCGGAAACCAGUUAAAAGUACUCUGUUGUCCAAAAUUAAUGCCAAUGUCAUUAAGUCAAUACUGGAACUACUAUGUGAUGAAUCGGGAUAUUUAGUGGAACAGAAAUUAAACAAAUUAUUAACACCUCUAGAAAAAGACGAACGAUCACUGAUGAAGCUGGAUGCUAUAUUUACAGCUUUAGGAAUAGAAACAGAAGAAGACAUACAUUUAUUAUCCAGUUACUUCAUGCAUGUCAAGGGAGGAAAACCACAACAGACGGAAGAGAAAGAAACUGAUGAAUUUGAUACACAAACAGACAUGACAGGGGAGAUGGAAGAUAUUGAUGAAGAGAUUCGUAAACUGACCGGCAAAGAAGGUGAUAAUGUGUCAACAAAUAGUGAAUCUAUAGAACUGAUUCAUCCAAACGAGGUGCUUAAAGGUCUGAGGGCAUUUGUGGAGGAAAAUAAACAACCUCCAAAAGAGAAAGGAAAACAAUCUCAUUUCAAGAUCCAAGCUUUAGAAGAAAGGGACAGUUCACAAGACUCAGAAUAUUGGUCCAGAUAUGCUAAACUGAUAGAUACACCAAAAGAAAGACUAUGGGAUGCAUUGAUAGAAGGCCUAGAGAAAUAUAGUGAAACACUGACAUCCAGAUCAAAUUUGAUAAAUGAGACUGAGGCUUUGAAACAACAGAAUGCAGAACUGAGGAUGUUGCUACAUCAAUAUGUUAAUUCUAAGGUGAAUGCUGAGUUGGAAAUCCCACCCACAAGAGUGUUACAGUUAGAAAUGAAUCCAAUGAGAUAGACAUUCCAAUCAUUGUACAAUUAUAGGAUUUACAAAGUGACUGUGAUAUUGUGUACAUAAUAUUUAUCUUCUGUAUGGAAGCAUUUUACUGAAAUUUUAAAUAUAUAAAAUA